AUGGCCACUUACGACAGAAAUACCGAAGGUCUCGAACUUGUUCACAAGUUUGCUGACCAGGUAAAGGGAAGAACUUUCCUCCUGACUGGCCCAAGCCCUGGCGGCAUUGGUGCUGAGACGGUCACCUCGCUUGCCGCAGAGUCCCCAGCUCUACUCAUUCUCGUCGGACGCUCUCCAGAGAAGGCACAAACCGUCAUCGACGCCAUCAAGAAGAUUAACCCUAGCGUAAAGACCAAGUUUGUCCAAGCUGACUUUACCUCGCUCAAGAACGUCCGGAAGGCAGCGCAGACUAUCCUCGAUGACCCUGAGAUCACCAAGAUCGAUGCGGUGAUCAAUAACGCGGCCAUCAUGGCGAGCCCUUUCGAGCUGACGGAGGACAAAAUAGAGCUACAGUUCCAGUCUAAUCAUCUGGGCCACUUCGUCCUGACUAAUAAGAUCCUGCCUAAGGUCAUCGCGGCCGGACCUAGUGCAAGGAUCGUCAACCUUAGUAGCUUGGGACACAAGCUCACGGGUGUGCGUUUCGAAGACCCGAAUUUCACGCAGCCGGGUUCAUACAGCGAAUUUGAUUCCUACGGACAAUCCAAGAGCGCCAACAUCCUGUACACGGUGGGCCUGAACAAGCGCCUCUCAUCGCGCGGGAUCCGCGCCUUCGCCGUACACCCGGGUAGCAUCCAGACGAACCUACAGCACUACGUCGACCGGAUGGACGGCGCGCACCUAGCAUCGAUCAUGGAUCAAGCGGUGAAGAAGAUCACAGGCAAGACGCUCGCCGAGCAGCGGGCCUCCGAGCCCUACAAGACGCUACAGCAGGGUUGCGGUACGACUCUCCGCGCUGCUCUAGACCCGGAUUUGGCCAAGGAGGAGGGCGUCUACUUACAGAAUACUAACCUGACGACUGAUCCCGACGUGGUUAAGGAUUGGGCGACUGACCCGGAGCUCGCGGAGAAGUUGUGGAAGCUGAGCGAGGAGCUGGUUGGUGAGAAGUUUGAUAUCUAA